UGUGUGCGUGUGUGUGCGUGCGUGCGUCCAGCGCGGUGGAGGUGCUCUCUGGAUGGAUGGAUACGCUCCGGAUGGUCGUUCCUGCACUUGAAACCCGCGGAGUAUAGUGUCAAAACAUUUUUUUUAUUUUUUUGUUUUCAACCUUCAAACGCGCAUAACCAUGAGAUGCCUCUGGGUGGCUUUCGCCUCACAUUUGGUUCUGCUGCCACUAACAGUCUGGUGCCAGCCGGUCAUCUCCCCCAGCGGGCCCCACGUCGUGGUUCCCAAGAGGGGCCGGCUGGAGCUGCUCUGUCGCGACAAUGCCACGGCGUCGGGCGCCCCGUCCAGGCUGCGGUGGCAGAGGGGGAGAGCUCGCAGGCUGGAGGGCGAGGUGGAGGAGGACGGAGCAGCCUCCGUCACGGUGACGGCGGCACAGGCCUACCACAUGGGCCGCUAUGUGUGCGUCAACAACAGCACGCUGGAGCACAGCUCCGUCUACGUAUACGUGAAAGACCCCCAGAACGCCUUCCAGCGCACCAUGGUGAACGUCAUCCUGGUGCGCGCGGGGGAGAACUGCACCAUCCCCUGCCUGGUGACCGACCCUGAGGUCACCCUCCUGGCCUUGGAGGCCUGCGAUGGACGGCCGCUGCCCCCUGGCAUGAGUUACCACAGCGACCCCCAGCGGGGCGUCACCAUCAGCAGCGCGAGGAAGGAGUACGAGGGCUGCUUCGUGUGCGUGGGCCAGCUCGAUGGGGUCAAAGUGACGUCGAGCCAGUACACUGUGGACGUACGACUCGUGCCCGAGGUGCCUCCGGGGAUCACGCUGUCCCUGAAAGACACAGUCAUCCUGAGGCGAGGAGAGCGGUUUGAGAUCACCUGCAGAUCCGCCAACGUCAACCCGGACUUCAGUGUCACGUGGGAUUUCCCUCAAGCAGCGCACCCUGAUGAGUCCCACACCUCACACAUCCUGUCUGGCUCCCGCGGCUACCAACGCGCCACCUCACUCUUGAUCGCAGCGGUCAACCAAUCAGACUCGGGCACUUACCGCUGCCACGCCCACAAUGAGAGGGGCACCAGUGCCACAGCGCUGCAGCUGGAUGUCCGAGAUCAGGGGUUCAUCACCAUGUAUGGAAGGCUGGGUCCGGUCCGGGCCGACGUUAAGGAGGGCGAGAGCCUGAGCCUCAGAGUGGAACUCAGCGCCUAUCCCGCCCCAAGCUCUCUGUCCUGGUCUCACGGCGGCAAACGGCUCCUCAACACCACGGAGCACGUCAUCACCAUCCACCGCCGCAAAUACAGACUCAUCAGCGAGCUCCGGCUCGUGAGGGUCGUCGGCUUAGAGGGAGGGAUCUAUACAUUUUCGGCGAGCCACGUGGACGCGUCUGUCGACCAUUCGUUUCACGUGUAUGUCAUCAGCAAGCCGGUUAUCAUCGCCCAGGAAGGCCCUGUUGAUGGACAGGUGCGGUGCAUCGCCGCCGGUUACCCAGUCCCGAAGAUAAGCUGGUAUUUCUGUGAGCGUCCCCACACCAGGUGCUCCCACCUGCCCAAUGCCACCCAAUGGGAGACUCCGGACGUCGCCAUGGUGACAAAGUCCACCUUCGGCCGGGGCGAGGUGGUGGGUCGGCUGAACGUGAGCAAGGAGCACCGCCACUACCCCACCCUGGAGUGCGUGGCGAGCACGGAGGGGGAGGAGGCCUACACGCUGUUCUCCAUCAGUGAGCGCAGCGUCCCCCAUGAGCUCUUCACUCCUCUCCUCACCGGCAUGGUGGCCACCGGCGUCAUGCUCAGCCUCAUCCUGGUGGUGCUGCUCUAUAAAUACGUGCAGAAACCAAAGUUCCAAAUCCAGUGGAAGGUCAUCGAGAGCAUCCACGGCAACAACUACGUCUACAUUGACCCCACCCAGCUGCCGUACGACGCCAAGUGGGAGUUCUCUCGACAGAAACUGCGCUUUGGUAAGACUCUAGGCUCUGGGGCUUUUGGAAAGGUCGUGAGGGCCACAGCGUAUGGACUCUGCUCUGCAGAUACUGUUACAACUGUCGCCGUUAAGAUGCUCAAACCCAAAGCUCACGCCACGGAGAAGGAGGCUCUGAUGUCGGAGCUGAAGGUGCUCAGCUACCUGGGGAACCACGUGAACAUCGUGAACCUGCUGGGGGCGUGCACCGUCGGAGGCCCAAUCUUGGUGAUCACAGAGUACUGUUGCUAUGGCGAUCUCCUGAACUUCCUGCGCAGAAAAAGAGAGGCCUUCCUCAACUCCCAAGUUGGUGAUGGUUACUAUCGCAACAUGUCGAACCAAAAAGAGCCUGCAGCGAGCGGAGAGGUGACUGGUACAGCAUACAUCCCCAUGCAUCCCUCUGAGAAAGAACGUUCUUCCCAGUCAGUCGAUGCAGAGGAGCUGUCUCUGGAUGCCGAAGAUCUCCUCAGCUUUUCCUACCAGGUGGCCAAAGGAAUGCAGUACAUUACUUCCAAGAAUUGUGUUCACAGGGAUCUUGCAGCCAGAAACAUUCUGCUGACUCACGGCAGGGUGGCGAAGAUCUGUGACUUUGGGUUGGCACGAGACAUCACCACUGAUGCCAGCUAUGUGCUCCGGGGCAACGCCCGCCUGCCCGUCAAGUGGAUGUCUCCCGAGAGCAUUUUCGACUGUGUCUACACCUUCGAGAGUGACGUGUGGUCCUACGGCAUCCUGCUCUGGGAAAUCUUCUCUCUGGGUAACAGCCCGUAUCCUGGGAUGCAGGUGGGCUCAGCAUUUUAUCGGAUGAUUCAAGACGGCCACAGAAUGAACAGGCCUGAGAUUGCUCCCGUGGAGAUGUAUGACAUGAUGUUGUCCUGUUGGAACCACGAUCCUUUGAAGAGGCCUUCAUUCAGGAAACUGGUGGAGAGGACCGAGUUGCUGCUGUCAGAAAAUACCAGGAAUGUGUACCUGACGCUGAGCAACGCUCCGGGUCAUCCAGAGCACCAGAGGGCUCCAUCGCGAAGGCUGAGCUCAGUCUGCAGCACGACAGCCCCCACCCAGCCUCUGCUGCAAAACACGGUUGACGUCUUCCUGGACUAUGUUUGACACACACACACACACACACACACACACCCUACCUCUCUAAUCAUUCUCUCCUUUCCUCAUUUGUACAACAUGAACGAAACACACUAUAAACUACUAGCAAACUCAAGCUGGCCUUCCUGCAACACACACACACACACACACACUGUAUAUACGGCCCGCUCAGUACUGGCCUCUAUGUAAUCUCCCCUUUGGCUUCUUGAUGUCUGUGGUAGGUAUAGGUGCACGCCCAUGUAGAGCAGACUGCAGCACUAACCGCCCAUCAGACCUGCUAUCAGCAGCAGGAGGAGUUUUGGCUUCCUUCCAGCAUCAGGUUGCAUCUCGGAACGCUUCGGGGAAAACAGAGACCGUGACUGAGGAAUAGAUAAGCACAGUGACGAGCGGACAGCUCUCUUUUUUUCUUCGUAUUUGUUUUGUGGCGGAAUUGUGUCCCUUUUUUCCCCGUAAUGUUUGCCGUUUUGGGAAAGUGACAAAUGACGGUGUCUUGGAGAGUUAGACGAGAAGAUUGAUUCCACCGUAAGAUAUGUGUGUCGAGCAUGGAGGUAAAGCCGGGAGCCGUUUAGCUCAGCUCAGCGUAAAGAAUGUAAACGUCUCUCACCUGUAGUAUUCAUACACAUUAUUCUGCCCCAAUAUUACUUUAUGAACAUUACUGCUUUACCAUGAUUUAUUCAGUGUUGUGUUUUAUUUAGUUUGACAGGUGCUGUAUUAAUACAUCGUGAUUGAUUGAACAGUGAUGGAAUCCGUCUGCCAGCAGCUCUCAACUACACACAUUAAUACAUUACGUUUCAUUAGUUUAUUCCUUAAUUUUUUUAAAAACUGAACAUGUGGUGUUUUUAUCUUCUUCCAUCUCUUGAGUUAGUACUUGACAAGUACAAGAAGACUUAAACUAGUUUGUAGGUGUAAUAUUUCCCUGAGCUGACCGGCGGCUCCAGCCUCUUGUCGAAUGGACCGUCUUUCCUCUCAUCUCGCUCUCUGCGAGAAAGCAAACAAAGUGUUUCACUCCAAAGCGGCAAAAUAUAAAAUCAUUAAUAACUUCAGGAGUCGGUGGCUGCAAACUAAUCUGACUGGCCGGGCUUGACAAAAGAUGCCUUCUGAUCAGAGACCAGACAUUUCUUUGACAUAAGUAAGAUGCAGAAACAGAUGCCCACCUGUGCAUUGUAGCUUUGAAUACUGUGACUCGUGACGGACUACUCGUGUAUCGCUGUACGUGAUUUAGGGCUUCAGUUCAGUCUGUGGCCGGGCGUUUAGAACCAUCGUGUGCUCCUUUUACUUAAUUUAUGUUAAACAUGUAUGCAAUGUAAAUACAGUAGAGAUGUGCCUUUUAGAUAUUCUUUUCUUUUUUUUUAAAAUACUGAAUGCAUUUGAUUGUGACAUAGUUGUUGUUAAUGUUGUUGAGAUCCAGAAGAGAGUUUUUGUGUGCUGGUUUUGAGAAUCAUGCAGUUUUUAUACAGUUGGUUGACUUGUAAUAAUAAAGAAAGUACCUGUGAUGGUAGAACCAA